CACACAAGGGACGUGACUGUUGUUUCAGGAGUUCAUGGAAACCCACCAGAUACACGAAAUGAUGGAGGGAGUAAUCCCGACCACAGAAGAUGGAAUUCGACGAAAGACAUACAUAUACAGAGCUAUGAUCCUAGUUAUAGUAGUAGUGUCUUUUCUGAUGCUGUCCAAUGAAGGUCAGGGAGAGUCAUCUUCUCUUAAAAUAUCACAGAAUCCACCAUUACGACCCGAACGACAGAUAGAUACGUCUUUUCAAUUCGCAUGGGUGACUCAGACUGGUGUGCACGUCACAAAACCAGCUAACCAAUCAAGUAUCGAGGUUGCAGCUACUGCGGCCGUGUAUACCUAUGCUUUCAAUCAGGGAUCCCGAUUGGUGUAUCUACUUGUCAGAUAUAUGCGCAAUGACACCUUUAUCCGCGUGGCUAACACUAUCACUGUGGGGAUCUUUAACUCUGACGAAUUCCCGAGCGACUUUCCUGAGUAUAGUCCAGUUGAACUCGAGUGUAAAUACAUGUGCCCUGACCAUUGUUCGAAAUUCUGUGAUGACGGCCUGCCCAUUGCAAUGAAAUGGUCGUACCCAGGGAGACGGAUGGUUGUCACGGCCGGAAAUCUUCUUUGUGGUCAAGAUGGUCAAUUUGACCCCGAGUUUGGAGAGAUGAAUCUACUGGUCCAAGAUUUUGCCGAAGCACUCGUGAAGUUUGUCUUGCCACUCGACGUUGUCAAUAACAUCAUUGCUGCGUACAACUCCUCGCGAACAACGUGGGAUUUGCAUCCGUCCAAUUACAUUACCUACUUCCGGCAGGGAACGGCCACGUGGUUUGCGGCUACAAGCAAAUCCGCCUACGAGACCGGAGGCAUGAACAUAUGCAGCAACGCCCGCCCAUGCAUCACAGAGAUAGACCUCAGACGUAACAUUAAGACCAGGGACGUGCCUCUCUUUGAUAUACUUAACACUGUUUAUAACUUCGAGCGGUGGAAUAUGACGGGAAAUAUAUCCAUAUGUGCCUGGUGAUAGAGUAAUGAAAUCAAACAUUUUCCUUUUCUUAAUUUACAUAGUAUAAAUAUGAUUUGUUGUAGAGUGAGGGUUAUAUGUCAUAUAACUCUUUAUGAAUAUGUUAUUUUAAAAUUUGCAUAUGUGUUUUAGAAUUGUGAUUUUUUGUUUUAGAGUUGUGAUUUGUCUUGAAGAAUUAAGGUAUAUCAAACGUUACACAGGAUACCGGUAACUCAUGUUAGAAUUGAUGUUAUAUGCUUAUCUUUAUAACAUACUUGUGAAUUAUGUUAGAGCUGAUGUUACAUGCUACACUACAAAUUAUACCUGUGAUUUAUGUUUGAGAUAUGAUCGUUAAUGCUAUCUGACUUAUUUUAAAUAUAAUUUGUGUAAUUAAGUAAAUGCUACAUUACACGUUAUGAAUUUAAUUUCUUUCGGAUUUAAGGUUGUAUGUUAAAAUACUUAUUACACCCCUUCCUCGAUACUCCAGGGGUUAUGCUCACUUUUGCUCACUGCAGCCCUGGGAUAUGUCAUAGCAAAAUUGAAGGCACGAUGCUAGCCAUAUGAUUGGUAUUGGGUCAAAAAAACUGUCCGAAUGUUAGGCUGAUACCUGUCCUUUGUAUAUUAACGAAAGGAGAGAUGCCCAACUUCAAAUCCAGUCCAUUUUACCGUUACGGGACCUAUACAUCUGUUUUAUGUCCACCAAAGGAUCAAACUAGUCUUUUAGUCUCAUCCUCCACAAGGUGGCACACCCCGAUCCCUUGAUUUUGCUAUGACAUAUUACAGGGGAGUAUACAGUAGAAGUGAGUUUAACCCCUGGAUAUCGAGGAUGAUUACACCCCUGAUUUGUGGUAGUCAGGUUAUUCCAACCUCCAUUCAUACGGUUUUCCUACUAUUAAGCCAGUUCCCGGAGCAUUGACCUCUCCAAAAGUUUGCCAGUUUUCCAGCCUCCUGGUUAACGAAGGCUCCACUGUAAAUAUGCCCUCGUGUUAUUCUUCUUAGAGAAAAAGUUACGUAUCACAGUUUUCGUUUACUGUAAAUCACUUGUAUGUUGCAAGCUAUGUAUUCUUUCGUGUUAAUUCGAGU